UUGAAGAGUCAAAGUGCAGAGUAUUAUUGUUUUGUGUGAAUGUGUGUGUACUUGUGUGAAAUGCGUAAAAGGGUUUUUGUUCUGUUUCGAUUGGAAAAAUUGGGGAAGUUGUGACUUUAAAGUCGUUUAAAGACGUCUUUGAAGCCAUUUGUUCGCAAAGGCAGACGAUGAUUUUGUUCACAAAACACUCGUCCAAUUUUUUCAUCUCAAUUAUGAUAUUAACUGAAAUACCAAGUAACGUAUUUUAUUUUUGUGAGUAAAGAUAAGGGGGGGGGGGGACACUGCACAUCCACUUGAGUGAUGUUCAUUUCUGCGAUCUUAAAACUCGUUUCGAAGCUUUCCUCGCCUUGUCUAUGGUUGUUUCCGGCUUUUAUCAUAUAUGAUUUCAUUAUGAAGAACGACAAAGUCACAAGUGACGCAGCACAAGCGUUAAAGGAGAUGACGUCACGAGCACUAAAAUGCGUCGUGCAAGUCGCGGUGAUUUUUUUUUUUUUUUGUGUGUGCAACUCAAACCUAACAAGUCUUCUUCCAUAGUAGUUUCGCAGGCUUUGGAUAUCCACCACCGAACGAUACAAAUCUGCGAGUAGUCAGGUGCCAGGCCGUGUGACUAUGAGCAGCACAUCUGGGCUUCAGGCCAGCGACGGGCAGAACGCGAAAGAGCUCGACAGCAUGAAGGAAUCCAUCAGCGACAUCAUCAACCAGCUCCAGGACAUCGACCCCGCCAGGCUCUCCUUCUCCCCGUUCCUGGACCUGGACACUCAGAUCUGCAUGGCGCCCGUGUCAGACAGCCCAGAGUCCUCCGUGGAGGAGCUCCACUCGGCCUCCCGCUCGGCCUCCGGCUCUCAGCGCUCCCUGGAGCCUCCAGAGGAGCCACAGAACUCGGCCUCCUGCCUCCAGCCGCCUGAAGGUGGCCGCCAUGAGGAACAAACGAGAGCUGGCCACACUGAGGAGGGAGAGCUGGAUCGAACUCUUUCCACUCCGAUCACCACAGAGCACAAUUUGGCCGCCGCCACGGAAAACUGCCUCAGCACUCCAGCCCUGAUGUCUCAGGGAGACAUCCCAAACGGCACAGACAGAGUGAAACGGAGUCCACAAUCCACUCAUCCGGACUGCACCGUGGAUGAGGUUCGACCCCUGAUUGGUCCGCCGCCAGACAGCGUGGAGCUGACUGUGUGGAGCCCAGAAGGCCUGCGGGACACUCACGAGGGCUCCCCUGAGACGUCUGCCAGCGGUCGGCGUUGCUGCUGCUGCUGCUGCUGCGCGUGUAAAUGCUGCCAGAGCGGCAGAGUCCCCGCAUUCCUCUCGGUGCUGGCCUCUUUUGUGUGUGCAUCUGCCAUUAUGUACGUACUCUAUUCCUACGUCCACAUUAAACCUCCCGACUGCCCCGACGUAACCAGCCGGAUCGUCUUCACCCUCUGCUGCUGCGUGGCGGCGGCGCUCCCCAUCCUACUUGCGAUGGUCCUCGGUGCAGUUUGCCGCUUCUGCAGCGGCUCCUUCAGUUUGCAGGAGUCGCCCCCCAGACGACACACAAUUCAGCAGAUGUUCGUCACUUCAUCCGUGGAGUUGUUAAUCCUCUACGUCCUCAACCUCGUCGUCAUGGCGGCCUUAAUUCCUGAACAGGACCUCAAGGCAGUAAUGAUACUGGUCUUCAUGUUCAUUCUGGGGAGACUGGUUUACUGGGCCAGCCUGAACGCGUGCAGCUCCUGGCGAGGCUUCGGUUCCGGCCUGACCAUCUUCCCGCUGAUCGCCAUGGUGGCAUACAACGUGUUCCUCGUGUACAAAGAGACACUCUUUCCCUCGGAGGAUGUCGUCUUGAACCCUUAAAUGCAUCAAUGACUGGACACUUUUCCAUGAAGUGGGUCAAAAAUUACCUGUAUCAGAAUCGAGGAAUAAUCAUUUGUAUUAUAUAUUAGGCGUUACAUUUUGGUCCACGCAAGUUUGUUUUUAUGUUUGGAAAGUUUUGUAACAAAGUCUGUAGAAUCCUGCUGAAUAAGAUUUUCACGCAGAAGGCCGACUCAGUCCAAUCCUGUCACUGACCCGUUAAAUUCUGAUCUUUUUUUUUUUUUUUUUAUUCACAAAGAUAUUGCGAGAAAAUGACCUCAUCAGCCAUUUUUGCCCCACUUGUGCAUCGAGGGUAAAUCAAGUCACCCCAUUUUCCUGGAUGGGGUGGAGUGGGGGGAGACAUCACAGAGGCCGAGAGGCAAAGCAGACGUGCUGGCCACAGACUUCCCGAACUCUUAGAUGAUGUGUGCGCUCUCCCUUCAUGAGGAAAAUCUUUUCAGAUCUAAAUCAUUACUGUGGUCUGCAGUCCGGCGAAGUUGCCACGAUAACCUUUGGAGUCCUUGAUGGCUUCACUUUUGAUUUCAGUCCUCCUAGACUGGACUUUAUUGUUUAUUAUUUGAAACUCAAGAGGUCUUUUCUUGUGUGUGUGUGUGUGUGGGGGGGGGGGGGGGCUUUGAACCAUGCCCAAGUCCUCCUACAUGUGUCCUUUCAAGCUAUGCCAGCAUAAUAUAUUUCAUGUCUCGUCUCAUGUGGCUUAAAACCAAAAAGGAAAGAACAACAUCACUUCCAAUUCUUAAGCUCUUAAGUGUACAAAAGUUCAUAUAAAGGCAGAAUAAAAUCCCCUUGUAGAAAUAGCACUGGUUGCUCUGGCAUAGUUAGGGAGCAAUUCUAGAAAGAAUAAAAAAAUGUGUGUGUAGCGUUGGAGGUGUCACGAAGUGUGCUCCGAGUUGCCCUCCGUUUGCCUUCAACUGGUGUUCUUGCUGCUGCUCCUGCUGCUGUUUCUCUCUUUGUAUGUGCCGCCUGUAAAGAGGCCAGAAAAUGGAAAACCAGCAGAAAACCAAUAAAAAUGAAUUGCAAACAUUUGGA